AUGCCGUCUUCUUCUUCAUCGACACUACCGUCUACGAUGGACCUCAACUUCAUGGGGCAGCCGCGGCCCGAUCCUGACCAGGCGGGCAUGGGCCAGACCGUCCUGAUAGUCACCUGGCUCUUCGUCUCGCUGUGCGUCGUGGCCGUCGCCCUGCGAUUCUACGUCCGCAACCGCUCCCAGGGCUCGUUCAAGUCCGAAGACUGGCUCAUGCUCCUCGCCCUCGCCCUCCACCUCGUCUGCCAGGGCCUCCUGACCGAGGCGUGCAGGUGGGGGUUCGGCAAGGAGUACGCCAACAUGACCCUCCAGCAGUACGUGCAGGUGCACAAGUACGAGUUCGUCUUCGCGCCGUUUAGCUACGCCCUGCAGAUCGUGGCGCGCGUGUCGAUCGCGAUCCUCCUCAUCCGCAUCUUCACCGUGGGGCGGCGCUGGUUCAAGUGGUUCUCGAUAGCGUACAUGGCGUUGAUGACGGUGGUCUGCGUCGCGCUCCUCGGGGUCUACUUCUCCCAGGUCAGGCCGCUGGACGCGUGGUGGGAUGUGACCAUCAAGGCGACGUACCGCAUGUCGCCGUAUAUACAGGCCUACGUUUCUCUCACACUUCAGUUUCUCGUAUUGAUAUACGACAUCAUAUUCGUCUUCUUGCCUGUGAGGUUUGUCUGGAAGCUGUCCAUGGCUCUCCAGCGCAAGAUUGGACUCAUCCUGCUUCUCUCCGUCUCCCUGGUCACCGCUGGCGUUCAGUCAGCCAAGAUCGGCAUCGCCUUGGAGGGAACCCUGGGUAGGAUUCUGUUCCAAGAAGCGGGCCGGAUAGGUGCGGUAUUCUACAUUGUCAGUAUCGUCGAGCAAAGUAUCGUGAUCAUCAUGGGGUGUAUUCCCGCGCUGGGACCCAUUACACAGCUCGAAAUUCCCAUUUUCUCGUCGCUGGGGAGCUCCGUCACGAGUCUCUUCUCGUCGGUGGUUCGGAGGUCAAAGAACAAGAGUCAGACGUCUCUGUCAAAGGACAUUGAGAUGGCUCGUAAGCUGUCUAUUCCGGAUGAACCCCCGACUCUCAAUCAGAACGGCCGGCUUUGGAACAAGCAGAGUAUGGAUAGCCAACAGCGGAUUCUGAGGACGGAUGAUGUUAUGAUCACUGAUAGCAGGGUCUCGGACAAAAGUGUGCACUGA